UAUAAAAUAACUUGCGGGUAAUACUUGUUCCACCUAGUUUUACACACAUUUGGUUUUAGUUCAAAAAUGGAAUGUACAACCAUGCGUAAGAGUUUGUGUGUAAUAAAAGCAACCAAGUAUAAAUUUGGGCAAAGCAAGGGUCAUACUAGUAUACAAUCUAACACAUCCCAAAGUCCCAAUUCUUGGAACAAUCAAAUUCAAAGAUCAAUCCCAAGUAUGCACGCCAGAUUCAAUGCCAAGUGUACCCUUAGUGGUGGAGCACAACCUUCAAACUCCAAUAAACCUCAACCAGCUCUAACUCCCUCAGUCAAUUCACAAAGAAGAACCCACGUCUAUGGUUGACAAUUCCCUACGUUAAACUCUUCCCUUUCUAUUUAUACUAACCCUCCAUUCUCUUUUCUUUCUCAGACUCACAAAAGCCUCGAACUUUUCUCUCUCUCUCUCUGUGAGGCUGUGAGCAAUGGCGCACCUAAGCUUUGUGGUUUUGGUGUUGGCAUUGUCUCUUGGCUCCACUUUGGCAAACUCUCCAGCUCCCUCUCCAUCAUUGUCUCCUGCUAAGCCACCAACUGCGCCUCAUUCUGCACCAACUCCACCACCAACUGCGCCUCAUUCUGCUCCAACUCCGCCACCAGCUGCGCCUCAUACUUCUCCAACUCUGUCUCCAAAAGCAUCGCCACCGGCCCAAUCGCCGUCUCCAAAGGCCACUCCUCCGCCACCUCCACACCCUCACUCUCCUUCUCCUUCUCCUGCAAAACCUUCUGCUCCGUCACCGGCCAGUGCCACUCCUCCCUCAUCGAUCGCAACUCCACCAGCUAAUGCGUCUGCUCCAUCUUCACAUAACGCUGCUGUUUCGAACAGAUUUGCCGUCUCUGGGUCCCUGGCUGUCGGUCUCCUCGCUGCUGUUUUGGUCAUUUAGAGCCUUUUGAUUGCUCUUGCGCUGCACUGAGUGAAGUCAAGUAGUCAACUACUCUCGUGGUUUUUUUUCUUUUCUUAUUGCUUAUUUCCAUGUAUUUAUUUACCUACUGUACCAUUUAUUUUUUCUUCUCUCGUUGAGGCUGUUUAUUGUUGUCAUAUCUCAUCGACUGGCAUGAGUUUAUUGCUACUGUUGUUUUAAUUCUUCUGUAGAUAAUUUGAUUAUAUGAUGUCUUGGUUUAAUAUCCUUUCGUCGUGAUCAUAUUUUUAUCAGUAUAUGGACUGAU